CGAACACUUUGCAACCUGAGCUUGACGGGCUUGAGGCCCCCAGCUCUGGCUGAGCCACUACGCACCUAGCAUCAGCUGCAAUGCCGGCCCAGCCAGCUUCAGCAGCAGCUGCAGCCAAACAGCCGGAGCAGCAGCAGCAGCCGACACAGACGCACCGCGCGGGUCAGCAGCAGCAGAAGCAGCACCACCCGCACAUGAUCAGCCCCCACCCGGGCCCCGGCGGCCCUCAGGGCGGCCACGGGGGCGGCCACGGGGCCGCGUUGGGCUGGGGCGCGUUUGCGGGGCUAGCGUGGGCGUCUGUGGGCGUCAUCUUCGGCGACAUCGCCACCAGUCCCCUGUACGUGUUCACCAGCGUGUUCACAGAGCUGCGGUCGACGGCGGGGGGCGGACCCGGAAUGCCCGACAGGGCGGACGUGCUGGGUGCGGCCUGCCUUGUGCUGUGGGUGCUGACGGCGCAGGCGGCCAAGUACUGCGGGGUGGUGCUGGCGGCAGACGACAGGGGGCAGGGCGGCACCUUCGCUCUCUAUUCCCUCUUGUGUCGCCACAUGCGCAUCAAACCACACGGGGCCAGGGGACCGCCGCCGCCGCCGCCGCCGGCAGCAGCAGCAGCAGUAGCAGCCAAUGGCAGCGCCGCCGCUGCCGCUGAAGCAGCCGAGCAGAAGCAGCAGCGGCAAGACCAGUGGCGGCGGCGGCGGCACAUGCGGUGGUGGCAGUGGGGGUGUGCGGACGCGGAGGCGGUGCGGGGCUUCUUCCGCCGCAGCCGGGGCGCGCAGCUGGCUCUGUGGGGCGUGUCGGUGGUGGCGACCUCCAUGCUCAUUGGGGAUGGAGUACUCACACCCUCCAUAUCGGUGCUGUCCGCGGUGUCGGGUCUGCGGGUGGCGGUGCCGGCUCUGAGUCAGGAGGUGGUGGUGGGCGUGACGGUGGCGCUGCUUGUGGGGCUCUUCACAGCGCAGCAGGCGGGCACAGGGCAGUUGGGGGUGGUGUUUGCGCCCGUCGUUGCGCUGUGGCUGGCCGUCAACGCCGGCCUGGCCCUGUACGGCAUGGCCACACUGCCGGGCGGGUGGGGCGUGGUCGCAGCCCUCAACCCCGCCCACGGCGUUUCGCUGUUUGCCCGUCACGGCGCCGCGGCCUGGCGCUGCCUGGGUGGUGUGAUGCUGGCGGUGACGGGCACGGAGGCGCUGUUCGCGGACCUGGGACACUUCAGUGCGGGCAGCGUCAGGGCUGCAUUCCUGGGUCUGGCCUACCCCUGCCUGCUACUCACCUACUUGGGCCAGGCCGCCCACCUGCUACACCGGCCCUCCGACUGGACCGACGUCUUCUGGAAGGCAGCGCCGCAGCAGCUGCUAGUGCCGCUGCUGGUGCUGGCCACCGCGGCCACCCUGGUCGCCAGCCAGGCACUCAUCAGCGGCGUGUUCAGCAUCGUACGGCAGGCCAUGCUGCUGGGCGCCUUCCCGACAGUGCGGGUGGUGCACACGGGGGGGCGGCGAGUGGAGGCGGCCACACAGGUGUACGUGCCCCUGGCUAACGCGGCGCUGCUGCUGCUGUGUGUGGGCUGUGUGUCUGGGUUCAGAGAUACAGUGGCGCUAGGCAAGGCCUACGGUCUAGCUGUGAUGAGUGACAUGCUCACCACCACAGCCCUGGUCACACUGGUCAUGCUGGCUGUGUGGGAGACGUCCCUGGCGCUCGUGGCGCUGUGGGCGGUGCUGCUGCUGGUGCUGGAGGGGGCGCUGUGGAGCGCCAACCUCGUCAAGAUCCCCGAGGGCGGCUGGUUCACACUGGCGGUGGCGGCGGCGGUGGCCAGUGUGAUGCUGGUGUGGUGGGCGGGCAGCAGGCGGGUGGCGGAGAGGAUGGCGGCGGCGGCGGCGGGGGCACGACUGAGGGCGGUGCCGCGGCGGCGGCGGCGGCAGGGCCCACCGGGACUGGGGCCGCCACAGGAGGGCGCAGGUGGAGGAGGUGGAGGUGGAGAUGGCAAGCUCGGGCUGAAGGGAGGCCUCGGCGGCGGCGGGGGCGACCAUGAGGGCGGGCCGGCGGCUCGUCCGCUACUGCUGCCGCCGCCGCCGCCGCUACUGCCGCCCUACGGCCACAUUUUGAGGGUCAGUAGCGACCGGCAGCGACCCGAGCCGUCGGGCGGUGGGGGCGCCCGUGGGGUUGUGGCCGGGGAGGAGUCGCCUCGGCUGGGGCAGCAGCGGCAGCAGGGGCCGGACUGGGACUCAAACGACACUGCCGCCAGCAGUGACAGCCACCCACUCAUGCACGCCGCAGCCGCAGCCGCAGCCACUGCCGCUUUCGGCGACACAGGCGGCGGCGGCGGCAGCCCAGUGGGGCAGUUAACGCCGCCACGCCCGCUGCCGCGCCAGCAGCCACUGCAGCCACUGCUGCUGCAGCCGGCGGCGGUGGUAGACUCACAACUGCAGUCCACACCCACCUACCUGCCGGCGCCGCUGCCGCCACCUGCUACAGCCACUGCUGUUCCAGCAGCUACUGCUCCUCGCGCCGCUACUGCCGCUGGUGCUGGCGCCACUGCCUCCGGCAGGCUGCUCGGCUGUAGCAGCUACAGCCCGCCUGCGAUGUCUCAGCCGCCGCGUGGGCGUCAGGAGCACCGCCUGCUGGCGGCCCGGUCGGCAGCACCGGCGGCAGCAGUAGCAGCAGCAGCAGCGGCUGCAGCGGCUGCAGCGGGCGGCGGCAGCGGUGGCUGGGCGGCUGUGAGGCGGCGGUUCAUGGCCCCGACACGUCUGUCGCCGCCGCCGCCGCCACCGCCCCCGCAGCAGCAGCAGCAGCCGCCAUUCCAGUCCCAGGCCCAAGCCCACGCCGCCGCCGCCCGCGCCGCCGCCGCCUUCCUCCUGUCGCCGCCUGCAACAGCCGCCAUCAAGGCGCAACUGCAACAGCAGUCGCAGCAGCAGCGGGAGCGGGCUGGGGAGGAUGCGGCAGAGGGGGCGCAGCCGCCAGUGCCGCUGCUACAGCCGCCGCUGCUGGGCCGCUCCGUGUCACUGGCAGUAGCAGCGGCCAGGAGUCUAGCAGCAGCCAGCACGGGCGGGCUCGGCGGCGGCGGCGGCAUCAGGAGGCGCAGUGUGAACCUGCAGCAGCAGCAGCAGCAGCAGGCCGGCGGGGGCCGUGGCGGCGGCGGCGGCGGCGGCGGCGGCGGCGGCGGCGGCGGCGGCGGCGGCGGUGGUGCGGGAGAUGGCGAUAGCGAUGGCGGAGGUGGCCUGGGUGGCAGUAGCAGCAGGGCCCUCGGCGGGCCUCCCAGUGGCGGCGGCUGUGUGGCUCUUGCGGCUCCUCAGCCUCAGCCUCAGUCUCCGGACCGGCGGCUACUGCUGCGGCUGGGAUCCCGAGCGGAGCAGCAGGCGGCAGCAGCAGCAGCGGCAGCAGCAGCAGCAGCAGCAGUGGGGGACCUAGGGCUGGGGCUGGGCAGAACGCCCGACAUGCCGCCAUCGCUGCCGCCGCUUACAGAGCGCCAGCAACAGCAACAGUUGGGGUACCCUGCUACAGCCGCUCCCGAUCCCGCGCCCGCUUCUAACGGUGCUGCUACUGCCAGUGGCAGUGACUACGACUACGGCUACGACCUAGUUCUGGAGCUGCCCUCGGCCCACCCUCACACACAGCACCAGCAGCAGCGACUGCAGCAGCAGCAGCAGCAGUCGGCGGCUGCAGCAGUGCCGGCCGCAUAUGCCGCCGCCGCCGCCGCUGCUGCCGGCAAGCCGCCGCCGCCGCCGCCGCCGCCAGCCGAGGGCGGCGUGUCUGCUGCCCUGUCUCCUCCUCCUCCCCCUCCUCCCCCUCUGUCCGUGCGGCUGACGGUGCUGGAGGGUGUGGGCAUCUACUACAUGGAUGAGCUGACGCCUCAGCAGCAGCCGGAGGGUGCCGCCGCGCUGCCGCCCGUGUUGGUGCACUUCCUGCGCAACGUGCAGGCCAUCCAGGCUGUGGGCGUGUUCCUGUCUGUGCGGCAGCUGCCAGUGCCCUCCGUGCCGCGGAGCCGGCGGCUGGAGGUGCUGCUCCCACACAGCGGGGCCGCCGGCAGCGGGGCAGACAUGGGGGUCGGCAGCUGCCUGCCGCCCAACUUCUACAGGGUCAUCUCCCGCUAUGGCUACCUUGACCAGGUGGACCACGGCCCCGCCUUCUUGUCCGCCCUGUGCGGCGCACUGCUGCAGCAGCUGCUGGCACGAGGGCUGCAGGCGGCAGAGGAGGAGGAGGAGGGGGAGGCGGAGGAGGAGGAGGAGGCGGGCGAGGAGGAGGCGGGAGAAGAGGAGGAGGAGGGGGAGGCAGCCGCCCCGGCAGCUGUGCGACUUGGCGGCAGUGGGAGGGGGAGGGAUGGAGACAGCGACGUGGGCAGUGGCGAUGGCAGCGGGGGAGAGGACGGGGAGGAUGAAGAUGAUGACGAGGGGGAGAGGGAGGCGGCGGCGGCGGACGCGGCGGAGGGCGGCGCAGGCAGAUGGUUGUUCUGCCCGCAGGCCCACCCCCACCCCCACCCCCGCUACCACACCCCGCACUACCCCCUGCAUGGAGGGCCACAGCGGCAGGAGGUGGGGCAGGAGGAGGAGGAAUUGGAGGUGGAUGCGGCGGAUGAGGCGGCGGCCAUGAUGGCAGCUGGCGACGGCGGCGGCGGCGGCGGCUCCAGCAGUGGCGAACACGGUGAGGGCAACGAGGCGGCGGCGGCUGCUGCUGCCGCUCGGCCCACCCGCAGUCGCGGGCCGCUGCAGCGCCGGGGUCACGGCCGGAUCCACGGCGGCGGCAGUAGCAGCAGUAGCAUGUGGCCAAUGCGCAUUGCCUCUGCUACAGCCGCCGCCGCCGCCGCGCCCACCUCGCCUGCUACAGCCGCUGUCGCCUCAGCACGGGAGGGUCAGCAGCAGGCGCCGCAACCGCAGCCGCUGCAACAGCCACAGCCGCCGCCCCCUGCGCAUGACAGAUGCCGCCGCCGCCGCGGUCACGUGCGGCCUCCCCAGUCGGGUCAGCAGUGGGGGGUGGCGGAGGUGGAGGCGGCGGUGUCGGAGUUCCUGCGGGCGCGGCUGCACGGUGUGGUGUACUUCACCAGCCGGCCUCAGCUCCGCACCGGCGGCGCAGCUGCCAUCCGCGCGCCGCCCCGCCCGCUGCUGCUGCACCCGACCCCGCCGCCCCGCCCGACCCCGCCGCCUCGCCCCCCGCCGCCGCCGCCGCCCGGCUCCUGCGCCGCCACGGCAGCGCCAUCCUGCCCCUCGCCACCGGCGCCCAUGGGGCCCCGCCGCCUGCUGCAGCGCCUGCGGGCGGGUCUGGUCUGGUGGUUGGCGGCGGUUGCGUACGACGACAGUGAGCGGUGGCGGCUGCCGGGGGAGGCGCUGGUGGAGGUGGGGAUGGCCAUUGAGGUGGACUGAGGGAGUGGGAGGUAGCUAGGGGGAGGAGGGAGUGGGACAGGAAUGAGCGGGGGGCAGUGUGUGGGACGGAGACGGUGGACAGAGGCGGUGUGGGGGAGAUGGGAUGGUUGUCAAGUGGGUGAGGUUAGACCUGGUGCAGGGAGGGUUGUAGAGGGUUGUAGUGGCUGGGGACUGAGGGUUUGGGGUGGUGGACCGCUGGGGGCCGAGCACCGGGCCACCGCCUAGCAGCUAGCGGCUGGCGGCGGGUAGGGCACGCAGCGGGAGUUGGCACCGGACUGGCUGGGGUUGUGUGUGUCAUGCGCCACAUGUGCAUGUGCACGCAUGCGGCCACGUGUGCCAUGAUAAUGGCCGUGGAUGUGUCUGCCGGAGGCCGCGGUGGGCGUGGCAUGUGUGAACCGCCUCUGUGCGUGGAUAGAAAGGCAGAUCGACAGAU